AUGUCCCAGACCCAAGCAGCGAAGGUCCGAGUGACUCUCUUCUGCAUCCUGGUGGGCACGGUGCUGGCCACGGUGGCCGUGGUGACGGACCACUGGGCCGUGCUAAGCCCUCACCUGGAGCAGCACAAUGUCACCUGUGAGGCAGCCCACUUCGGCCUCUGGAGGAUUUGCACCACGCGUGUCGCCGUGGACACCCUGGAGGACAAGAGCUGUGGCCACGCCAUGCUGUCACGGGAGAAGAACUGCUCCUACUUCCGGCAUUUCAACCCAGGCGAGAGCUCGGAGAUCUUCGAAUUCACCACCCAGAGGGUAUUGUCAUCUGCCACACUGUGCCAGCAAAGGAUGCCCAUGGAGACAUGUGUCUUUGCACUCUUCUUACGAUGCGUUGAGAUCCAGUACACUUACGUGUUCCUGGAAAGCCUGCUCUCUAAGAUGUAG